GGCAAGUAACUCUGUUAGUUGAAGUUUUCAGUGACUCAGAUUCCGGACUCACAGCGGGAAUAAUGAUGUUCUGCAGAGUGGCUUGGCAAAGACUUGCGCCUCUGGCACGCAAAACACUCACUCCUUUCAGCAAUGCUGUGUUCCCUACACGACAGAUGUCCUUUGGUCUACCUGCGUCCGGCACAAACAUAGCUUACAUGGUACUUGGUGGAAGCUCGCUUACUGCUGCUCUUGUUUAUGCCUAUAAGACAAUAAACUCUGACAGUGCAAGAUAUAAUGAAAGAAUUGCUCAACUCGAGGCCAGAUCUAAAAGUGAGGAGGGAGCAGUGGCCGAGGUGGGCUCAGUAGCAGAAGCAGCUGCGGUUGUGGAAACCACAGCAGCUGAACUUGCCACAGUUGUUGAGGCCACAGCAGCACAACCCGUCAUUGAGGUGGUUAAUGCAGAGGCUGAACAGACCUCAGAACCUGUGGAUGCAACACUGGAUGUUGGGGCAGCAACUACCAUUGUAGAGGCAGUAGCAGCUGAUGCUGAGGAACCUACUGCACCUGUUGUUGAGGAUGUUGCUGCUGAGGCUGCUUCUCCAAGUGCUGAGACAACCGGUGAGGCGUGUUCUGCUGAGGAAGCAGUCUGAAUCCCCAGCAGUCUAGAUAUAUGAUUCUUCCCAACCCACCUUGGAACGCUGCAUUAACUUUUAGAGACUCCCAUUUUUGUGCUCCUUUUAACUGAUUGACUGUGUCCUCUGCACAAAAAGAAGUGUCCCUUCUGAACUCCACAGGGUGCUAAUCCCACAGUUGAGGAGGAGGAGAGGUUGAUGAAGUCCAAAAAAUCAGUGGCAAUGCUUUUCAAUUCCAAACUGAGGUUUUAUUAUCCCAGUCUGUGUUUUGAUGCUUGAAUAUCUAAUGUAAAUCGCAUAUGAUUUUUUAACAUCUCCUCCUUCACAUCCAGUGGAUGUGCCUGCUGUAAUACUGUGUCCCUGCAGUAUAACAUAUUGUGUCUCAUACGUGUGCAUGGAGACAUUUUUCUUAAAUAGCUUCAUAUUGACAAUGACUUUUACUGUCAACAAGAACAUGCUAAUAUUUUAUGGAUAAGUAGGUUUGUGCGUCCUUCAGAACUGAAUGCUUUUUACAUUCCAGGUCAGUUCCUAUUUCAAUGGUAUUGAAUUGAAUUUGAACUGAGAUAGUAAACAGCAUGCAGAAUUGUGUUUAAGGAAGUAGAAUUAAAAUGGACCGAAAGUCAAAGGAAUUUAUGUAAGUGCAAUAACUGUAAUUUUAACUAGAAAAAGAAAGUUAAUCAAGACAAACUUUAAGCGAUGGCUUGUAGAACUUGACAAAGUUUCAUUCAUUUCAGCCUUAUAGACAGACAGAGAAACAAACAUAGAUCUGUUUGAAAUGUCACCUAACCAUCUUUAGCCGCUUUAGGUAAAUAACUAGAAGAAUAACAAAUUGCAAUAAACAGUAAAACUAAAAUAAAUGAAUAUUUUUCAAAUAAAUUAAAAUAAUAUGAUAAAGGACUGUUUUGUACAGCUAAGAUAACUAGAAAUGGCUGACACCGGAAGCGUUGCGCAUUUGGUUAAAAACAAAGUGGACAAAGUGAAUAAUUCAUUUAUAUAUAAUUCUUCUUAUAGGGUAGAAGAACACUUGAUUGACUUUAGGGUGGCCAAGUUUUCGAUUCUGAAUUUUGCCCAAUCCUGAUACCUACAAUAAAAUGUGUCUUACAUGUUUUUGGAGGUGCCUUUCUGCACAUGCAUUCAAAAUCCCUGUGGCCUAAUAAGCAACUCUUCCUUCAAGGGAGAUCACUUUUUUAUGAUUCACCAUUGUUUUUCUACCUGUGAAUGUUCUUUCUCAGUUAUUGGGAUGGAGGAAAUCCACUGUGCCUUUUACUUUUUUUUUUAUUAUUAUCUUAAAUAUCUCUUAAAAUUUGAACUAUCAUGGAAACAUAAUGCCAGUGUCACUUACAUGUCAUGGCACUGGAGACAUUUGCUCUUAAUCUUGAUGCUGUUUUUGAAUUUAGGCUCUACCAAGUAAGAACUGAAGUUGAUUGCAGUUUUCAAAACUGACAAAAUAUUUGUAUUCCUUAAAUAA